AUGGCGGCAAGAGGAAAGAAGUUCACCGUCGGCGUGUUUGGCGACCCGGGAUCGGGAAAAACUACAUUGAUCCAUCAGUAUCUCUUUGGGCAAUAUCUCGAAGAGCACAAAAACAUGGUGCACUACGGCAAAUGGGUCAACAUCGAGUCGGAGCUGAUCGAACUUGACAUUAUCGAAACGGGCAAGGACCCCGUGGAUUUUCCCGAGUUCGAUGCCAUGAUCUUUGUCUUCAGCACUUCGUCGGUGACCACCUUUGACUCGACAGUGGCAUACGACGCCGGGCUCAACCUGGCCAAGUGCAUGGGGGCCGGGUACUUCCACUUCUCCCCGCACCACGGCUGGGGUGUGCAAACGCCCUUUGAGUUCUUGCUGCGCCGCUUCGUUGUGCAGCAGCCCAAGCAUCUCGAGAUCGUACCGAUGCCCUCGAUCAACGUAUACCAGUGGGUAAGAGCCAAGUGGUACGUUCAUCGCAUCAAGAAGCCGAGGAGCAAGGUCUGGUACGACGAUUAG